UGGGUGGAGCCGGCACCCCGGUGUCCAGCGCGUCAUCGGCCACUGUGCCGGCGAGGAUGCCACGGAUGCAUUCCAAGCCUUUCAUAUCAAUCCCACCUUGGUGCGAAAGUUUCUCAAGCCAUUGCUUAUUGGAGAGCUCGCUCCAGGGGAACCCAGCGAGGACCGAGACAAGAAUUCCCAGCUGGUGGAGGAUUUCCGGACCUUGAGGAAGACAGCAGAGGAUAUGAACUUAUUCAGAGCAAAUCCUUGGUUCUUCACCUUUUACUUGGGCCAUAUCCUUGUAAUGGAAGCUUUGGCUUGGUUAACAGUCUCAUACUUGGGUACUGGCUGGAUCGCAACUCUCCUCCUUGCCUGCAUCCUUACGACUUCCCAGGCCCAGGCAGGGUGGCUGCAACAUGACUUUGGACACCUUUCCGUCUUUAAGAAGCCUGUGUGGAACCACAUAGGCCACAAGUUCGUGAUUGGGCACCUGAAGGGUGCCUCGGCAAACUGGUGGAACCACCGUCACUUCCAACACCAUGCCAAGCCCAACAUAUUCAAGAAAGACCCAGAUGUCAACAUGCUGCAUGUUUUUGUCCUCGGAGAUUCACAGCCCGUUGAGUAUGGCAAGAAGAAGCUGAAGUACCUGCCGUACAACCAUCAGCACGAGUACUUCUUCCUCAUCUUCCCACCUCUGCUCAUCCCCGUGUAUUUCCAAAUCCAAAUCAUCUGGACCAUGAUCAGGCACAGGUUCUGGGCGGACCUGGUCUGGGCUAUUAGUUACUACAUGCGCUACUUCAUCACGUACAUCCCAUUCUAUGGCGUUCUGGGAUCCCUGUGUCUCCUCACUUUUGUCAGGUUCCUGGAGAGUCACUGGUUCGUGUGGGUCACCCAGAUGAAUCACAUCCCAAUGGAAAUUGAUAGCGAGAAGCACAGGGAUUGGCUGAGUUCUCAGCUGGCAGCCACUUGCAAUAUUGAGGAGUCCUUUUUCAAUAACUGGUUCACCGGGCACCUGAAUUUCCAAAUCGAGCACCACUUGUUCCCAACGAUGCCACGACACAAUUUCUGGAAGAUUAAACCUUUGGUGAAAUCGUUAUGUGCCAAGUAUGGAGUCCAAUACGAAGAGAAGCCUCUUGGAAAAGCAUGCAUAGACAUCGUUGGGUCCCUAAAGAAAUCCGGGGAUCUCUGGCUGGACGCUUACCUCCAUAAGUGAUUUUGCAUCUUAAUGGGGAGAAAGUCUUAAGAGCCCAGCUCCUUACCCAAACAGGGCUCGGGAGGCUCAGAGCACCAGCAGAGCUUUGCAUUUCCAGAUACCAUCACUCCUGCCUGCAGAGGAGAGCGGAGGACUCAUCCCUCCUGGGAUC